UUGCAGCCAGUCAUGACCAUUCUAGAGGAGCAAGCAUUCCAACGGGUCCAGCAAAUCAAGUCAGCAGUACUACUACCGCUCUCCUCACCGAUGACAAAAGGGAGGACAGGCCUGGGAUUCAGGAGACCGGAAGUGGACAGGACAACAGCCGCAGCAGGGUGAUACCUGUCCAAGCCACAGAGAGUCAGCUGCUGGCCCUGCGUGAGGUGUGUGCUCUGGGUGAGCCGUGCUUGUCGCGUGCGCUGGCCAUGGGCCUGAGUGCCACCGGGGGCUGCCGGGACUUCUCCAGCCUGGACACAGAGCGCAGCCACUUCCUGCUCAAGCAACAGCAGAAGCAGCUCGCCAGCAACCCAGACCUAGAGCAGCUGUAUGUGGAGGUGGCUCUGCUGCACACCCUGGCCACCGUUAAGGAGCUGCUGCUGCAGUGUGGAGUCAGCAACGCAUGUGAUUACCUGGCGAAGGCCAAGAAGGCCCAUGAGACUGAGGAGCUGGAUCGGCUGCAUAAGCGUGUGCUGCUGCUGCAGUGCCUGGGCCAGAAGAACAGCGAGCCCGACCCCAAACUCACGCAGCUGCAGGCCGUCAUGAGCACCUGGCUGCAGGCCGUCUCCACACGCCCAGGACUGUCCAAAGUGCUGCUUCUGACCUCCACCAACGUUGACUCUCUGAGGUCUCUCCUGAUUGGAAGCCUAAACCAGAUAUCAGGUGAGGGUGUGGUGGAUGCAGUGGUGCCUACAGGGGACUCCUCUUACGUGGACGGCAAGAAAGUCUUGAAUUGCCUAAGAUGCAGCAGCUGGGUAGUGGUGUGCAGUCAGCACCUGGGCCCUGACUUCCCCUGGAGCUCCUUCUCCCAGGUGGUGGAGUAUGAGGGGCUGGCCAGCUCGCCGUGGCCCUCUAUCUGCAGGGAAAGGAACAUCAGACACGUCUCCUUCACCACCAUCCUCCCCACCUCAGAGACAGGCGGUGUAGUCUUCCCAACUUCCUGCACCGAUCUGGACAGAAUCCCUUUCACACUGUUUGUGACAGAAGGUCUGCUGGGUCGUUCGUCCUUGCUGCUCACCCUGGAGUCAGAGUACAACCUGACCAUGAUCGAAAGGAGCCUUUCUCCCUCCCUGAGGAAGCUGGGCAAGGCUGAUCAGUGUGCCGUCAUCACGGUGGAUGAGAGCACUGCCGUGCUGCUCCAGGAGGUGAAGGAGCUGACUGUGGAGCGUGCCAGUGAGCAGGUGGUGAUGCGUCUGAUUGGCCUCUCUCUGCAGUACACCUGCUGCUGGCUCCUCAUACACAUACCCAGCGCAGAGUACGCAUGCAUCUCUCAGGUCAUUCUGGACAACUUGGCGUUAAUCUACUCAGCAGUUGUACUUCUUGGGAUGAAGUCUGAAGAGUUUACUGUAAAGGUCUUAGUGGUGUCGGAGGAAGAGCAGCUCGCCCGAUGGAUCUACCAGAUAGCCCAGCACACCAUGAUGUCAUCAGAGCGUGAUCCUCUCGCUUAUCUGGACAGGGAUUGGCUCUCUGUGGUGCCCUCCGAGGAGGAGAACUGCCUGGUGUGCUUCCCAAGCGUGAGUCCCCUGGUUGCCCAGACGAUGCUGCAUAGAGCCCCCUCGUUGCUAUGGCUACUGGGGGCGUCCCUCGAUCAGCUACAGCAGCUGCUGCCAGAGGUCCCGCAGAAAGUCAUCAAGCUCUUCACGGAAACUUCAGGGCUGUAUGCUCUGGGGCCCUCUCCCCAUAGGCCAAAGUCUGUUCCUGAUCCCGAGUCCCAGCACAGGCCACAGCCUGGUCUCCCUGAGACUGGACAGGCCACUGGACACACUAGCAGCAGCAGCAACAGCACACACGAGCACUGGGCCCUGACCAUUGAGAACUCUCCUGAAGAGGACCAGACGACGUCCUGCUUUGGUCAGACUCAGAAUAACACCGGGCAAGAUGGCGUUGCCCUCUUCGGGAGUUCUGGGACAGGUCAGGCCGAUGCGUUUUUCCAGAGAAUAGAGAAUUUGGGGCAAACUCAAAAAACAAAUGGCGGUUUGAACGAUGAUGUCUGGGCGUCGGCCUUAAAGACGAAGCCUGCAGAGGAACUCUCUGGAGCCUACUACAGUCAUGAACCCCAACGAGAUGGGUUCCUACUUAACAACACUGCUGUAGGAGAAAGACAGGGUGAUGCCCUUUUCCACAAAGGGACCGGGAAUUUCGUUCAAACAGGGAAUUUCGGCACUAGUCCGAGCGAGGCGUUCUUCGAUAAGACUAACGGGUGGCGGGAGAAAAAAAGCUUCAGUCCAAGUCCGAAUGGCGUGUUCCAGAGGCAAGAGGAAAAUGGGAAGACUGUUCGAGGACAUCAGGGGGAUUCCAUUUUCCACAAAGGGACCGGGAAUUUCGGUGUUAGUCCAACUGAUUCAUUCUUUGACAAGAUAAACGGGUGGCGGGAGAAAGACAGUUCUAGUCCAAGCCCAAAUGGUAUUUUCCAGAGGCAAGAAGAGGAUAGGGGGAAGACUGUGUCUUUCACUGCAGGCCAGAGUUAUGGCGAUUUUGAGAGGCGGGCGGACUUUGCACAGGCAGGGAAUUCCAGCGUACGUCAAAGUGAAGCUUGUUUUGACGGGAAGGAGAGUUGGGAGCAAACCGACCGUUUUAAUGCAGGUCAAAGUGCUACAGACUUCAUGAGACAGGAAAAUUCGGGGAAAACUGGACAUUUCAGUACAGGUCAAAACAGUGAGUUUUACCCCAGGACAGGGAAUAUCGACCAAACUGUGAAUUUAAGUGCAGGUCCUAGUGAUGACGUCUUCAGUAGGAACAAGAUCACAGGCUGGGGACUAGCAAGUCAGUCCAGUGGUGCCAGUGCCCUCUUUCAGACCCAAGAGGCCUGGGGAAAAACUGAUGAAUCUCAGUUCAACUCUGGAAUCACAAGUCGUCAGAGUGAUUCCUACUUCGACCAGACGGAGGGUUGGGGCCACAUGGCCCGCUCAGAUCCUGUUCAUAGCCAAUGGAACCCUUUUCUCCAGAGCAACAAGGAUCGUUGGGAACAGACUGGGAAUUUCAGCACAGGUUGUCAGAGCGAUACCAGUUUCCCCUGGAAAGAGAGUUUCGCCCAGACAGGGAAUUCUGUGGGAUUGGGGCAUGAUGUGUUUCUGCCUCAUUCUGGAAGGAACAAUACCUGGGAUAAAAACAGUGGACACGCUGAGCUUGGCUUUCCUAGUGCCACCUUCAGGUCUCCGACUGAAACUACAGCCACAACCGCAUCACGGCAACAGCAGGCACAAGCACAGCCCAAGCAGUGGCACAUGGAGAUCAACAAACACAAGUACGUGCCACGGAAGAAGGUGCCAGCACGCGGCGGAAGUACAUUGCGGAUUUCGCCAAAGCAGGACGAUCAGGGGACAAGGGAUGCACAGGAUAACAACAGCAACAGCAGCAUGUUUCAGCAGCAAUUUACCAAUGGAUGCCAGCCGUCGUCGUACUACCAGGAUCACGUGGCAGGUUCCUUGCCUGUCGGUCCCGUCAACAGCGUGUGUUCGUCGCCAGUGUCGCGAUGGACGGGCCAGUUCAUGGCAGAGGCCUACCGCUUGUCGCCUGGCAACAGUGUAGGCUCGGCCACGAGGAUGGAGCAGGACAGGAAGAGGAGAGCAGGGAUGAGCUCGCUGGAGAGCCCGGCUUCAGGAUUCCCUCAAACCAAGAAGGGGAAGUUGUUUUACGAGCGGGUGCCAGGCAGGAGUGAUGGACAGACACGACUCAAAUUUUUCUGACUUCUCUCUCUCUUCCAUCUAUUUUUAUCCCUCUCUUACACCGGGUGAUUCAUAAUGGUAUUUGUGUGUUUUCAAUGCUGCUUAUAUAAUUCCUAUGUUUGAUGACAGGUUUGUGUUCCAACCACAAGGUACUUUGUAUUCACUUUUACUUCAAACAUGGUAUUUAUUGAAGCGUAUUUAUAUACUCCGUUGAAUGGGUUUGCAAGUAAGUUGGAAUGUGUUUUGCAGUUAACAUAUGUUCUUCUUUUCCAUAUAUUUUAUAUAUAUAUAUAUA